AUGGGUCCUUGUUACAUACGCAGGCUCAUUCUGAAUUUGAUUCCUCUCCACAGUGCUACCGCAAUCACACUUAUUGCUGUGGUCUUUGCUAAUGCUUUAGAUCGUGGACUGGAAACUUCUCAGCUUAUUGUGGCAUUUCAAGCUCCUUGGAAUGCUUCCCACCCACUUAGUGCCCGAAAGCUGGGCUCAGCUAUCCAGAUUGCCAUUGAUAAAGUCAAUACAGACCCAUCUUACCUGGGUAACUACACCUUGGAUUUUGUUUAUGCUGAUUGCGGCUGUGAUGCCAAGAAGUCCGUCAAUGCUUUCAUCCAUCAGGUUCAGGAGGAGAACGUUUUGGCCCUGUUCGGACCUGUCUGCUCAGAAGCAGCUGAGAUUACUGGUUUGCUGGCUUCUCAUUGGAAUAUCCCCUGGUUUGGAUUUGGUGGCCAGAGUCCAAAGCUGGACAAUGCAGAUCUAUAUGACACCUAUGUCAAACUUGUCUCCCCUCUGCAAAGGAUAGGGGAAGUUCUGCAUAAAAGUCUGCAGUAUUUUGGCUGGAAAUACGUUGGAUUAUUUGGAGGUUCAUCUGAUGCUUCCACCUGGGAGAAAAUGGAUGAACUCUGGACGUCUGUCGAAAACCAACUCAAAGUCAAUAUCACUAUCACUGCUAAAGUCAAAUACAACACAAAAGAUCCAACUCUCCAUCGGGAAAACCUCAAGUACAUAUUGUCUGUUGCCAGAAUUAUUGUUUUAAUCUGCAGCUCUUCGGAUGCCAGGUCUAUUAUGCUGGAGGCCAAACAUCUAGGGCUGUUGAAUGGGAAAUUUGUGUUCUUCGUUUUGCAGCAGUUGGAGGACAAUUUUUUGAAAGAGGCAUUAAGCAGCGAGAAGAACAGCAGUGUGCUUGAAGCCUACCAGCCAGUGUUUCUGAUUUCCCUCAGCCCUUAUGGAGGAUACACUAUGUAUUCAGAUUUUCUGAAGCAGGUCCAUGAAAAACUGAAGGGACAGCCAUUUUACAGCUCACUUUCUUCAGAAGAAGAGGUGAGUUCUUACUCUGCCUACCUGCAUGAUGCAGUCCUGCUUUAUGCCCUGUCCAUCAGGGAAAUGUUAAAAGAAGGGAAAGAUAUCAGAGAUGGACGAGCACUUGUCAACACUUUGAAAGGCUACAACAAAACCCGUUUGUAUGGGGUUACUGGCCUGGUGUAUAUCGAUGAAUCAGGUGAGAGGUGGAUGGAUUACUCUGUAUAUGGUCUGCAGAAAGCUGGGAAUUCAUCCCAGUUUGUUCCUAUUCUUAAUUAUGAUGUCGAGAGAAAAACAAUCAGCCCAACCAUGGAAAUUGCCUACAUCAGCUGGCUGGCUGGCUUUCCUCCCAAAGACAGACCGUACUGUGGGUUUUAUAAUGAACAGUGUGAAACUUCAGUUAUAAGUACACCAGUGACCGUUCUGAUUGUCGUCCUGUUGUUAACAGCCUCAGGAGCUGCCAGCAUAAUGGUGUUUUUAAAGAUCCAGGAAAGGAAGCUGCAAAAGCAAAUGGAUGACAUCUGGUGGAAAAUAAACUACAAUGAUAUUAGUAUGCUUCAAGAUCAUAAGGAUCAUUUUGAGCUAUCAGAAACAAGCACACCAGUGUCUCAAGGACAAGAAAGUGUUGUGUCCAGUUUGAUAUUUUCAAGCAAUUGGCGGUCUGGGCUGAAGGACAAGCAGGAGAAAGACGUAUUUUAUACCACAAUAGGUCUUUACCAGGGAACUCUUGUUGCACUCAGGUAUAUAGAUAACCAAAUAGAUGCCUGGAUUCGGAAACAGUCAGUCCUUCAUGAAGUUCAGAUGAUGCGCGAGUUGAGGCAUGAGAAUCUGGUGGCCAUCUUUGGUAUAUGCACUGAAAUUCCAAAUAUCUGUAUUAUUACAGAGUACUGCAAGAAAGGAAGCCUGAAGGACAUUUUAAGGAACUCUGAUAUUGAAUUGGAUUGGAUAUUCAAAUGCUCUUUUGCCUAUGAUAUAGUCAAUGGGAUGUUGUUUCUUCACAGAAGCCCAUUGAACUCCCAUGGAAAUCUGAAACCUACUAACUGUUUGGUGGAUAGUCGCAUGCAAGUGAAACUGUGUGGAUUUGGGCUAUGGGAGUUUAAGUAUGGAACGAAAUACAGAGUAAUUACUGAGAAAAAUACCAACUAUGCAGAUCUCUAUUGGACAGCCCCAGAACUGCUCAGGAUGGGGGAAUUUCCAUUCCAUGGGACUCAAAAGGGGGAUGUCUACAGUUUUGCUAUAAUAAUGAGGGAGCUGAUUUAUAACAAUGAGGAUGGUCCGUUCCAAGACCUGAACAAGGAAGCAGAAGAGAUAAUAAACCAUCUCAGGGACCCAACUGUGCCUGUCCCACUGCGGCCAUCCCUGUCAACAGAGAAAUGCAAUGAAAGGAUCAUUGCAAUGCUUAGAACUUGUUGGGAUGAAGAUCCAGGGAGAAGGCCAAUGUUCUCCUCUGUGAAGAGAGAGUUAAGAGAUGCAAGCCCCGAAGGCCACAUCAGCAUCUUGGAUAACAUGGUAAACAAACUGGAAAAGUAUGCCAAUCACUUGGAGGAUGUGGUGGAAGAAAGGACAGCCCAGCUGGUGGCAGAGAAGAAAAAGACGGAUACGCUUUUGUCAGCAAUGUUGCCCAGCUUCGUCAGAGAGCAGCUCAUUGCUGGGAAAUCCGUGGAGCCUGAGAGUUUUGAUUCCGUGACCAUCUUCUUCUCAGAUAUUGUUGGGUUCACCAGUUUGUGUUCUCUCAGCAACCCCCUGCACGUGGUUAAUCUCCUGAAUGACCUGUACAGCCUGUUCGAUAACAUCAUUAAAAUGUACGACGUAUACAAGGUUGAAACAAUUGGAGAUGCCUACAUGGUUGCCAGUGGCCUUCCCAUCCCCAAUGGAAUGAAGCACGUUGAGGAAAUUGCUACAAUGUCUUUGCACUUCCUUAGUGCAAUGAUCCAUUUCAAGAUAGGGCACAUGCCCAAUGAGAAGCUGAAGCUGCGGCUUGGCAUUAACACAGGACCUGUUGUUGCAGGAGUGGUGGGAAUCACAAUGCCACGGUACUGCCUGUUUGGAGACACUGUUAAUAUGGCAUCAAGGAUGGAAACUACCAGUUUGCCUCUCCGAAUCCAUGUCUCCGCAACCACUGCUAAUGCCUUGCAAUCCAUCGGUGGGUAUGACCUGCAAGAAAGAGGGACCAUAACAGUAAAGGGCAAAGGAGAGCAAAGAACGUUUUGGUUAAAAGGAAAAGCUGGCUUUGACUUGUCUCUCCCAGAGUUCAGUGACAAUUUGUGA